AAAGCUUGGGGAGAUAGGGACGAGCGGGGCGGACAAGAGGACGACAGCACGCGAGCCACAGAAGAUCUCGUCCUUCGCCCCCCUCCCUCCUCCUUUCCUCCCUCCCCACUCCUCCAGCCUCUCCAGUCCUUCGCCGCGGCCACCGCCGCACGCGGGCCGCGGCAUUGCGCUCCCGCUGCCGGGGGAACGAGCGGUGGAGCCGGCUCCGGAGGGGCGGGAUCGCCGUCCGAUUCGGUUCAUGAUUCACUGGAAGCAAUGAACGGGAGUCGACAGAUGGAACUCCACUACAUAAACACUGGGUUUCCAUAUACCAUCACCGAAAGCUUCAUGGAUUUUUUUGAAGGCCUCACAUAUGCUCAUGCUGAUUUUGCCCUUGCAGAUGCCUUCCAGGAUCAGGCUAAUCCAUACUGGACAAUGAUGCAGACAAACUCGUAUAAGUAUGGAUAUUCUGGUGCAUCAAAUUACUACAGUUAUGGACAUGUGUAUGACAUGAAUGAUUACAUGCAUAGAGCAGAUGGUGGACGCAGAAUUUGGGAUAACCCCACACCUGCAAGCAAUACCGAUUCGCCCAACGUAGUCCUGCAGGGUGCUGCUGAAGCUCCUCAUCCAAGAGCAAGUUCUACUACUGAGGAAUGCAUUCAACAACCAGUGCACCAAAAUUCAAGCAGCCCGCAGGUUGUUUGGCAAGACAACGUCGAUCCUGACAACAUGACAUAUGAGGAAUUAUUGGAUUUGGGCGAGGCAGUUGGGACCCAAAGUCGUGGUCUCUCCCAAGAACGCAUCUCAUCACUCCCUGUCACAAAAUAUAAGUGUGGUUUCUUUUCAAGGAAGAAAACACGCCGUGAAAGGUGUGUAAUUUGCCAAAUGGAGUAUAGGAGAGGGGAUCUGCAGAUGGCGCUCCCCUGCAAGCAUGUAUACCAUGCCAGCUGUGUGACAAGAUGGCUUAGCAUCAACAAGGUAUGCCCUGUUUGCUUUGCUGAAGUUCCCAGCGAGGAACCCAGCAGGCAAUGAGCUAUGGCCGUAUGAAGUUCUUGUGCUCGGCUGUGCAGCCCCGUUGUGACCGGUGCCCUCAACCGGUGCAUGAUUCCUGCUUGAAGGCAGCUUUGUCACCGCUGCCUUUAGACUUGUGUAUUAGGACCAUAUCACCAAAUAUAGGUUAUAAGCAGAUGUAGCUGGAGGCUGGAACCGCUUCCGAGAGGUUUGUCGUUGACUGUAGAGUUCGACUGUGAACUAUAACCACGUGCUAGAUGGAAACAUGCUCAAAUCGCACGCCCUCACGAGGUGUUUUUGUUCACUGCAAAGAACAUGUGCUAGUUUCUGUUACUUGAAUUGCAUUAGUUUUGAGGACAGUGAAAAGAUUCAUUUGUUACUCCCUGCUUUGGCUCAUCA